AUGGCUGACACGCACGGCACCUGUGACCCCGCAUUCGAGUCGGUCCGUCAGCUUCUUCAAAAGAACAUCGCGAGUGGCGAAGAGCUGGGCGCAUCUUUGUGUGUCAAAAUCGACGGCAAGAAUGUCGUCGAUAUCUGGGGAGGUCAUACAGAUGGAUCAAAGACUCAACCCUGGAAGGAGGAUACCAUAACACCGGUAUGGUCUUGCUCUAAAGUUGUGACCAAUCUGGCUGCGCUCAUCCUGGUCGAUCGCGGCUUAUUGGACGUGAAUGAGAAUGUUGCCAAAUACUGGCCGGAAUUCGGCGCAAAUGGAAAGGAAAAUGUCAAGGUGGCUCAUAUCCUGAGUCAUUCCUCUGGUGUUUCAGGCUGGGAGCCGUCAUUCGGGAUGACCUGGGAGGAUGUCUAUGAUGUCAAGUCAGCGAACGAAAAGCUUGCUGCACAGGCACCUUGGCACGCUCCUGGUGAACUCAAUGCGUACCAUCUAGUGAACCAAGGCCAUCUAGUCGGUGAACUUGUUCAGCGGGUGAGUGGCAAGUCACUGCGACAAUUUAUUGCGGAUGAGAUCGCGAAACCUCUGGAUGCGGACUUCGAUCUCGGAAGACCAGAAAGCGACUGGCCACGUAUUUCUCCCGUCGUUCCUCCUCCUGAUGUUGAUGCCAGCGCAUUUGCCAGUCUAGAUCCCAACGGCGUCACAGCAAAGACCUAUAUGGGAUCUCCUUUGAUCGGCGCUGGUGAGAAAGCCAAUACACACGGGUUCUGGAAAGCAGAAAUGGGUGGUGUGGGUGGCAUUUCUAACGCACGAGCUCUGGCUCAAAUCGGCUCUAUCAUGUCUCUCAACGGUACUGUCGGUGGGAAACAGUAUCUCUCGCCAGAAACUAUCGACAAGGCACUCCAGGAACAGAUCUCCGGACCUGAUGCAGUCCUCUUUUUCUAUAUAAGGUUCGGACUUGGGUUCGCUCUGCCAUCUCCAGAGUCUCUGCCCUGGAUUCCAGAUGGCCGUCUCUGUUUCUGGGGUGGAUGGGGUGGCUCAAUGAUUAUCAUGGAUCUAGACCGCCGAUUAACCAUUGGGUAUGCUAUGAACAAGAUGCAGCAAGUCGCAAUAGGAAAUGAUUGUUCCAAGGCGUAUGUUGAGGAGAUUUAUCAAGUUCUCAAGAAUAUUUGA